AUGCCGAUUCGUAAUAGGCAAGAAAAAACUGUCAAUUUUCAGGAAAAGGAUGUUUACUUCGAUCUCGACGAUAAGAAGAAGGAUUUAUUUCGAGUGACGAAAAAUGAAAACAUUAUAGUUUUAGCGAUCCUCACUAUUUUGUCUUUCGCAACACGCUUUUAUAUGAUUUCUCAUCCGAAAGAAGUUGUUUUCGACGAAGUUCAUUUUGGAAAGUUUGCGAGCUAUUAUCUUAAAAGAACUUAUUAUUUUGAUGUUCAUCCACCCCUCGGUAAAUUAAUGAUUGCGGCCAUGGGUUGGAUCCUGGGUUACGACGGUCAUUUCGAUUUCAAUAAAAUCGGUGUCGACUACAUACAGAAUGAUGUUCCUUAUGUGGGACUCCGAUCAUUGCCUGCCGCCCUAGGCGCAUUAUACGUUCCUCUUGCAUAUCAAAUCAUGAAAGAAUCGGGAUACCCAAUGAUCACCGCGAUAUUAGCCGCCGGACUGUUCUAUAAAUAUCGUCUAAGAGAAUUUUCGAAUGAAUGGUGGUAUUGGUUGAUUGCCACUGGUGUUACGCUUGGUCUAACUUUAAGCGUAAAGAUGGUUGGACUUUUUACAGUUUUUACCAUAGGAUAUGCUGUUAUCUAUGAUCUAUGGAACUUAUUGGAUAUAAAACGUGGAUUAUCAAUGGACCAUAUUAGGAAACACUUUUUAGCACGGGCCCUUGGUCUUAUAGUUGUGCCGAUUGCCGUAUAUUUGUUCUGGUUUUAUAUUCAUUUUCUUAUAUUGAAUACGAGCGGCCCCGGAGAUGCGUUUAUGAGUGCGUCAUUCCAAGAAACAUUAAAGGACAGCGUCGUGAACCUUCAAAGCUUAGAAAUAAGGUUCAAUGAUACCAUUACUCUGAAGCACAAAGAUACUAAGGCAUUUUUACAUUCUCACACCGCCCGUUAUCCGCGCCGGUAUGAAGAUGGACGUAUCAGUAGCGCCGGUCAGCAAGUCACAGGUUAUAAGCACGCUGAUUCCAAUAAUCAUUGGCGUAUCAAACCUGCCGAAAAUUUCUUUGACCAAUCAAGACCUGAAAAUGAUACC